CGCACUGGAGGCGGAGGGGCAGCAGCCACCAGCCCGCUCCCCGCCUCCCGAACAGAGCCUCCGUCAGCAUGGGGGUGACAGGUACCAGUGCCUUCCCCUGCUGUGGCAAGAAUUCUGUGGAUAUCGUGGAAAGAACGAAUGACUACCACCAGCAGCCCCAAGCCCAUAAAGACAAGGAGGAUGAAGAGGAGCCUGAAGCAGACUUGCCCCAGCUGGAGCCCCUACCCAAAGUGCAGCCGGACCCAGGCCCAGUGCCACAGCUGGAGGAGAUGGCACCAACGGUGCCCUCUCAAUCCACACCGGAGGCUGAAGGGGACUGCCUCACUGACAGUCCGGAGCAGCAGGGCUACAGGAUGAAACCCCUCAAGCCCCGUGAGGAAGAGCUGCUGUGCAGGUCAUGGAGCUUCAAAGCAAACUCAAACAACAAGAAAGAGGAACGGGUGUGCACCGUCACCCAUUUCCGCUCCAUCCCGGUGCAGACCUCCAAACACCUCUUCUGGUCCAACAAGCUCAUCCAGGCAUCAGAGCACAGCCUCCAGCAGGCCUUAGAGAAGCGCUGCAAGAGCCCCCAGGAAAAGAAGUGUGUCUCCAUUUCCCAGGUUCUCACAGACUGUGCCCCAGGGCCACCCAGCCCCCACAUGUCUUGCACCAGCCUGCCCACAGCCAUCGACCUGGCAGAUCUGAUCAACUUCGCAUCUUCCCUGGCUGUAGCCUCCUCCAGCAACAUGAACUUGCCUAACUUAGGGAAUAUGAUCAAAGGUACAUCUGAGAAGUCCCAGGAGACGUCUAUAGAGCUUUGCCAGCCAGGCCAGUCCAUCAAGUUUGCCCAGGCUACCCAGAUUACCCAGACAUCCUUUGAGAAGCAAGAGAAAUCACCCAAAGACAUGACAAGUCACAAAUCUUGGACUCAAGAAACCGAGAACAUAGCUUGCUCUUACCUAGAUUUUAGCAAGACAGGGCUCAAGAACGCCACCAUCCAAGGAGAAGUGCAGUUUGUCCAGGCACCAGUCCCGUCCCCUCAGCUUCAGGGAGCCAAAGAAGACUCGGUGCCGGGAACCAAGAAAGGGAAUCCAUUAUUGCUGAAAAUCCAUUUUAAGUUGUCAUCCCCCUCACCCCCAGAGAAAUGACUAGACAAAAACAGUAAAACCUCCAGUGCUG